AUGAUAGAGACUUUCUACACAAGGCAGCUCCCUGCGCGGGCAGCUCUCCGGCUUCGGUCGCGCAUUGCCUGCUCUCACCAGUCACUACUAGUCAGCACCCAAUCGAGCAUCACCAAGACGUCCGACAUUCGCGCAUUCCCCCAACUGCGGCGAUGGUAUAGCCUCGACCUCAAGUCAAUCGAUUCGAAGUGGCGCAAGAAGUGGCAAGAUAUUGCCGCCAAGGAGCCAACCCAGAAAGAGCGCGUCCAGCGCUCGAACAAUGCCAAAUACGUCCUUUCCAUGUUCCCUUAUCCCUCUGGGAACCUGCAUCUCGGCCACUUGCGCGUAUACGCAAUUGCGGAUGUCGUUGCAAGAUACCACGGGUUAAAAGGCCACGAUGUGCUGCUUCCCAUGGGGUGGGAUGCUUUUGGCCUCCCAGCCGAAAACGCAGCUCUCGAGCGUGGCGUCCCUCCAGCUGGCUGGACACAAAGCAACAUUGCCAAAAUGAAGGAACAACUUGGCGUUAUGAAUGGCAGCUGGGACUGGAGCAAUGAACUUGCCUCGUGUGACCCCGAAUUCUACAAACAUACCCAAAAGCUCUUCCUCAUGCUCUACGAAAAGGGCCUUGCCUAUCAAGCCGAAGCUGAGGUCAACUACGACCCCGUCGAUAAAACAGUCUUGGCCAACGAGCAAGUUGACGCCAACGGCUUCUCCUGGCGCUCGGGUGCCAAGGUGGAGAAGAAGCUCCUCAAGCAGUGGUUUCUGCGAAUUUCAGACUAUCGCGAAGAUCUGCUGCGCGAGCUAGAUACGCUUGCCAAAGACGAUGCAUGGCCGGAGCAUGUCCUCGCGCAGCAGCGCAAUUGGCUUGGUAAAUCUACCGGAGCUCUCAUCAAGUUCCCGAUCAUGGCCAUGGGUCAAGAUAUAGGUUCUGCUAUUGAAGUCUUCACCACACGCCCGGACACUCUCUUUGGCGUGCAAUACAUUGCGCUUGCAGCCUCUCACCCGGUAGUCAACCAACUUGCCGAGGCAGACCCCGAGCUGCGCGCAUUCCUGGAUACCCUUCCCGGCCUGCCAGCCGACUCCAAAGUGGGUUACGUCUUACCACAGCUUCGCGCUAUUAAUCCUCUUGCCUACAACGACGAUACCCCUGAUGCCACCAAAGCGUCUCUGCCAGUCUUUGUCGCACCAUAUGUUCUUGGCGAUUACGGCGAGGGCGCAGUCAUGGGCGUUCCAGGCCACGAUGUCCGAGACCACGCCUUUUGGAAGACGCACAACACCGAACAGCCUGUUAGGUAUGUAAUCGCAGAAUCGCCCGAUGAGUCUACCGCCGUCAUCCCGGCCGAGCCUUAUGUGGAGCACGGCUUCAUGACGGAGCACAGCGGACCUUUCAAGGGCAAAUCCUCCAGAGAUGCUGCUGAAGUCAUGGUCAAGAUGCUUAAAGCGGCCGACUUGGCCAGCACUGUGGAGAAAUGGCGUCUUCGUGACUGGCUCAUUAGCCGGCAGCGAUACUGGGGAGCACCAAUUCCCAUCAUUCACUGCGACAGCUGUGGAAGUGUGCCUGUCCCAGAGGCAGAUCUCCCUGUGAAACUUCCAGAUGUGGAAAAACACUGGCAGACUGGCAAAGCCGGCAAUGCGCUGGAGUCCUCUCCGGGUUUUGUCAACACCGAAUGCCCAAAGUGCAAGGGACCGGCACAUCGUGACACCGACACCAUGGAUACGUUUGUGGACUCGAGUUGGUACUUUGCACGCUUUGUCGAUCCUCACAACAGCAAAGACCUCUUCUCCCCCGAAUCGACCAAGGCUCUGCCCGUUGACAUUUACAUUGGAGGUGUCGAGCAUGCAAUUCUGCAUCUCCUAUACUCACGUUUCAUCUUUAAAUUCUUGGCAGGUACAUCACUGAUGCCUCAAUACACCGAGGAAACAGCCGGUACCGCGGAGCCAUUCAAACGCUUGAUUACUCAGGGCAUGGUCCAUGGCAAGACGUUCAUCGACCCGGCCAAUGGCAAAUUUUUGAAGCCAAACGAGAUUGAUCUACGCGACGCAGAUCAGCCCAAGGUCGCAGCUACGGGCGGCCCCGUUGAGGUGCGCUACGAAAAAAUGUCCAAAUCCAAGCACAACGGCGUGGACCCGACCGAGUUUACCGCCAAAUAUGGUGCUGAUGCCACGCGAGCACAUAUGCUAUUUCAGGCCCCCGUCGCCGAUGAGCUAAAGUGGGAUGAGUCGAAGAUUUCGGGCGUGACGCGCUGGUUGCAACGGCUGCACGACACUGUCGUCAAGAUUGGAGCUGCUACGACCGCGCCGACGGAGACUGCCUUGGACUAUCUGCAGGCUAUGCAGGCCAAUAUCGGCCAGGGGAAAGAAAGGGCCAAACAGCUCAACGCUGAUAUUCUUCUGUGGCGUGAGACGCAACGCAUCAUUCAAAACACUACACGGGCAUUCGAUCAGGUGUACGCAUUGAAUGUCAUUGUUUCGGACCUGAUGACGCUCACAAACGCCCUCGCGGCAUCUAAGGACGCCAGCACCACAAUCAGGUGGCACGUGGCCGAGACCAUGACGAGACUCAUGGCGCCCGUCGUUCCGGCCGUCGCGGAAGAAUGCUGGAGCGUGCUUCGUCCAUCGGCCGGGUCGCUGUUCCGGUCGGCGAGCUUUCCCAACGUCGACGGCACGCUGGAGCUUCUGAAGCCGCAGUCGCAGAAGAGCGUGAUCCAGAUCAACGGCAAGGUGCGCGGCAACCUGGAGCUGCCAGCGCCCGAGGGUGGUCUCGCUGGUGAUGCGCUCAGGGACUGGAUGGUGGAGCAGAUCUUGGCGACGGAGGAAGGGCAGACGAAGUUUGGUCAGGGCCAGUACGAUAUCAGAAGGGCAAAGCGGGCGAUUGCUGUGCAAAACGGCGCGCUGAUUAACUUUGUCAUGUAA